GCAUGUCAGUACAUUAUCGGGGGCACCUGAUGUGCCUAAGCAGAAAUUAUAAAGUGGAUCACCUGGGUCGAUUUGAGGCGUUCUCGACCGCGGGGCUUGCAUACAGAGAAAUGACUGGGCAUUCACAUUAGCUGUAGGUGGAGGGGCAAAGAAUAUCCCCUCAUACAGUAUACCUUAGUACCUUAGUUAGUAGUAUAUACUACUAAUCCCCUACAAGUAUCAAUCGAUCUUGGGCAUCUCAAGCCAUUAGGGCAAGAUUCCCGUACUAUUUCAAUUGUUCCCUUCAAACCUCAAUGAUAAGGUUAUCUUACUGGAAAGAUUUCGUUGCCGAACUCAAGCUCUCAACCCUCAACGCCCCAGAGUUUAAAAACUCAAAAGCCCAGCCCGGCCAAGCCAAGAAUAGACCACGACGUUCCCGGAAACGACUGCAUAGCAUAGCAUAGCAAAGCAAAACCAGCAACUGAGAGUCAGCGAGAGAAAAUCAUGACAAGCCAGGCAUCGACGCAAACGCCUCUUCCCCGCGUUUCUAUCCAGUUUUGCACGCAGUGUAAGUGGAUGUUACGAGCUGCCUAUUAUGCUCAAGAACUCCUCUCCACAUUCUCAACAGGCAUCGGGGAGGUCGCUCUUCAGCCUUCUACAGGCGGUACUUUCAUCGUGACCAUCACGCAUCAAGCUCCUGGUGCAGAAAUUGCUUUUACAAAGACCCUCUGGGAUCGUCGGGAAGAUGGGGGCUUUCCUGAGACGAAAGAGCUCAAGAGGAGGGUGAGAGAUGUCAUCGAACCAGGAAGAGAUCUAGGCCAUGUUGAUAGGGAUCAUGGGAAGAAGGAGGAGGCAGCGAAAGACAAGCCAGUUGACAAGGAGAAAUGCGACGAUUGCCAGUAACGUUUCUCAAGCAUUUGGGGUCAUGACCUGGCUGGCCUAUGACAGGUUUAAUGAUGCCCCUUCACGUAUGGCAUUCGUAUUGAUAGCCCCGCUUGCUGUCCAAGGAGAAUCUUCCCUCAUAUAGAUAUGAAUAGGCAUAGUUAGACUUAUACGCCUAUGUGGUGGUUGUCUGAGGAGAUGAGUAUUUUUGUGAUUUCAUAACAGCCACUCCGUACUCAUCCUCACCUUCGGCGUAGGUCGAGUUAUGACUACUAUUAACCAGAUACUACGACACCAUCCUCGUCACAAUUCGUGCAGCUGUUACUUUUCGCUCUAGCAACUUAUUUC